AUGGACCAGAUUAGGAGGUCAUGUUUUGGAAAGCUCUUUGAGAUACCAUUGGCUAGAUGCUCAAACUCAGGUAAACUCCUACACCAGCUCAUCACGAGACAACUAGUCACAAGAAAAAAGUAUGAACUGUGGAUGGUAUUCGGAGGACAUCCUCUCAAGUUCAGCCUUGCAGAGUUCGCACAGAUUACUGGUCUUCCUUGCGGAGACAUCCCCAAAGAUGUUGGAAACAAGAUUGAAAAGACUCCGGACGCAACAUGGAGAGAAAUCAUCGGAGAAAGUGCAGACACAACUCUGACACAGAUUUGCAACCUUUUGGAAGACAAAAAGACCAGGGAGUCGAUGUCUGACGAUAGGAAACUCAAGCUCGCCCUAAUCCUUAUCGUUGAUGGUGUUCUUAUCGCCAAUCUACAGCAUCCCACUACAAAACCUACUCCCAGAUACGUCACCAUGCUAUCUGACCUUCAAAAUUUCCUUCAAUAUCCGUGGGGCCGCGAGUCUUGCUUAAUCACCAUAGACUCACUGCGGCCAGCACUUCAACCCGUUAAGAAGAAAGACGACCCUAUCAAGAAGUUCCGUGCAAGGCUUUUCGACGGGAGCGUUGUUCUUAAAGGUUUCCCAAUAGCCCUCCAGCUCCUAGCGUUCAAGAACAUCCCCAAACUACUAGAGUGGCUUCCUAGCAUCAGAGGACCACACUCUUUGGGAUAUCUCUCCCGACACUGUUCCAUCACGCACGCCUCUCAAAGAGAAUGA